CUGAAAUCCCUGUCCUGUUGACUCACGGCCCGUCUCGAGGCCCAGUCAUCCGGUCCUCACGUGAAGCAGCCCGACCUGCGCAUCGGACACCGCGUCGAGGAUUUCGUUCGAACUCGUCCACCAUAGUCGAGUCACGUGCCAGCGUGUUUAUCAGUGUGGAGCGACUAGACCAGGAGGUUCCCUCUCAGUCCACUGUCUCGCACGCUCCUCGACGGCAGUGUUUAUCCUCGCAGCGACGCCGAACGAGUUUGGGAAAUGGACGGGAAGCCACCGCCGUAUGCACCGGAGUAUCCGCCGCCGUACAACGGGCCGCCGCCAGGGUUCGCACCGGGCCCCGGCAUGGGACCGAUGGCUCCCCAGGGACCCCCAGGACCUGCCACGUACGGUGUCCCCGUCGCAUCCGCACCAGGGAUCACCGUCGUCACCACAGUCGGACAGUGCCCCACCUGCCACGCCGGGUUCCUGACGGACGAAUUCACCUGCUGCGGGAUCACGAUGGCCGUGCUUUUCUUUCCGAUCGGGGUCCUCUGCUGCCUGGCCAUGAGACAGAAGAGAUGCUCUAAUUGUGGAUCCACUUUCAGUUGAAGACAUAUCAAGUUGUUCUUCCUUCCUUUUUUUUUUUCUUUUUCCGCUUUCGACGGGCUCUCUGCUACGUGAUUCGUAUUUCGGGGAUGAACGAUGAAUCGGGUAGUGCUUGCUUUGAUUCCAGAGAGUCCGCGUGUGAUAUACCAAAGCAUCGUACCUUUCCGUGCCGUGUCCGAAAAUAAAAUGCACCGUUCGCCCAUCAA